AUGAAAACCAGCCAUUGCUGCGGCCACCGUGCGAAAGUUAUAAAGAGAUUAGCAGAUGUCAAUAUUAAAAAAAUUCAAAACACAUUGAACCGAAUAAAAUCGGACACAGUUUUUGAUAUUUCUAUUCCAGACUUGCCUACAUUACCCCAUUCAUGGCAUUCUAGUAGCAAUGAUUCGAGUUAUAGCAAAAAGGAUAAACAGUGUGUCCAAACGAAAACCAAAAAAACGGAUCUAUGCCCUAAAUUUAAAAGGCAAAUGAAUAGGUUCGUGACGAGGGAAGUUGCGAGGAAAGAGUUAUCCGCCAAUCUUUACCGGCAAGGAAUCAAAUACGGGAUUAGGGCUGCGAAUAAUUUCUACCGCCCAACGACUAAACAAUUGAAACCCACGAUCAAAGUAUCUUCAAAUAAAAAAGGUGUUACGAUCAUAAAAAGUCUACCCAAUCAACUCGAUUCGCCUAGAUUGUGCGAAUAUAAGUAUCCCAGUCGGUGCCAUUCUUUGACAAAGCUAACAGAACAGGAUACACAUGAUUUCUCUCACCCUAAAUCUUCAAAAUACUAUCACUCUCAAAUUCUUGACCGCCAUCAUUACCAUGAUCAUAACGUAAGACUAACUUCCCUUAUACCUCGUCGUAGUACCUUAAUUAACCACAGAGUUCUUAGUCUGGAUUCGAUAGAUCAAAUAGAAAGACCUAAAAUAAGAUCAUUCGAAGAUCUGAUAGAGACCGAUUCGGAGUGGCACUCCGCCAAUAACUUGGGAGAUUUUGAUGAUUUUACGGAAGAUGAUACCUCUUUGUUGAGUAAAUGGUCGGGGAGUAACCCAACUCUGUCCAAGAGUACUGUGUCCUCCAUGGCUUCCUUAAACGGCGAUGGCUCCAUCCUUGUUUCGACUCCUAUAAAAUCCGAUUAUUUGAAAGAGCUGAACAGGAUGCAAAGGAAAUAUCGCGAUUUGAAACGCGAUGCCAAUACACUGGAAAAAGACUUAGAAUCAGACGUUAAAAAUGAGAAUUCAGCCAAGGCUAGAACUAUAAAGGAUUUCAAAGAAGAACACUCAAGGCAAAUUGCUAAGAUAAAGAGAAAUGGGAGAGGGGAAAUGCUUAAGAUGAUGGAAAUGUUAAAGUCUAAAUGCCGAGUCAUCUCCCAGCUGGAAAAAGAUGCCAAGAAAAAGGAGGAAAUGGUCGCUACUCUCAGGCUAACACUCCAAGAGAAGCUAGAGCACUGCAAUUUCGUUACGAAUAAUAAAAAUCCCCAAGGGAAUAAUUUAUUUAACAAUCCCAAUAAUUUAACUGUGUCAUUGAAUAACGCGGGAAGUAAUAUUUUGAACAGUAAUUUAAAAAGAGCGCAACGGAGCUCUUCCCAAGAAAAUAAUACCGGAAAGGGUUUAUUCAAAAGUAUGCAAACGCUCACGUUAACCAACAAUAAAUCCGAUUUACUCAUGAACAUAGAUUCUUCUAGAAAUAACAUACUAAAAGAGAACAUCCGUGAGUCGAUGAAUGAAGAAGAAAUUAGUUUGGCCGAAGAUGGAGGAUUUCGCGAAAAUGGCGAGGAGGCAUGCAUUGCUGAAAAAUGCGAAUCAAAUAUGCCUCAAAAGGGGAAAAUCGGUUCAACGAUGGAUUCCAAACAGCUCAAGCCUCCCAAAAUAGCCAUUGUUUAUCACCAGUCAGCCACGUUGACUUACAAAAAUCAGCAUCUUGAACGCUUGAAUAGUCAAUUAACCGAAGAUAAAAUGAAUCUAUCAAGGAAGCUGAAAGAAUUGGAAAAGUCCAAGAAAACUUUGCUGGAAAAGAACAAGAAGAUUUUGAUGAGAAGUGUAGAUCUCAACAACGAACACCGAAGGUUAGAGAUAGCUCUCAAAUCUUUCACUGACGAAAAUAACAAACUAAAUGAAAUCCAAACGAAAAAUCGUCAACAAAUUCAAAAUAUAAGUACCCAGUUGAAUCACGAAAAAAAGCAUUGCCAACUCUUGAAACAAAGGUUGGAUGAGCUAGACUUGAUGAAACAAAAAACUGAGGAACAUUUAAAAGUUAUAGCCGCUUUGAAGGAAUCCGCCCUGGAAAAGGACAGACGUAUUGAAAGUUUCUUAUCCAUCAUCAAAAAACAUAAAAUAAAAGUUGACAAUCAUAAAGCCAAUACUAGGGCAAAAAAUAACAUCAGCUUGAGCGAUGAUGUUGAUUCCUUAGGUCCCUUCGACGACGAAAAUUAUUCAAUUCAAUCCGAGAAUUCGUUAUUUUCUGAGACAUCCAAUCCAUCUAGAUCUCCCUAUAGCAUGAAUUCAAGUUUCUUACCUAAUCCAACUAGCCAUGGGUCUAAUUCUCUCAAUAGUUCUCUUUUCAUAAAUUAUAUAAGUUCCCCCGAUUCUAAUGGUACUUUAAGAUUAGGAGAGACUCAAGUGGAAUCUAAAGAUAUGGACAAAGCUCUAUUGUCCCAUACUAGUGGCGAUAUAAUGACUAACAACGAUACUAUUGGUAACUUUUAUUCAAAACAAGAAAAUGAGUUACAUUCUGGAAAAUUUAAUUUGCUAACAAUUAAUCAGGAACUGAAUAAAAAGGUGAGUGAAUUAGAGGCGAUGAAGAGCAAACUUGAGUCCGAUUUAAGAGAAGCCAGGGAGCAGAUAGAGCUAUUUGAGUUUAGGAUUUUAGAAUUGGAGGAUUGUAAACACAAAUUAGUCCAUUCUGAUUCAAAUAAGAUCAUCGACCUAAAACAGAACACAAGUGAGUAUAUAGAUAAAAAGUCAAUCCAAUCUGAGCUUUGUAACCAAAAUAAAAGAGAAGGAAGUUCGAUAAGUGACUCAAACAGUGUGGCCUCCAAAAUUGACUUGUAUGAAAGAUGCCUAAACGAUUUCAAAUAUCAAAUGAAAACGGCAGAAAAUGAAGAUUCGGAGUUAGCGAUCAGGCUAACAAGGUAUCAAGUUCUUAACUCCGAUUUGAAUAGCCAAGUAAAAUGCUUGCAAGAUCAAAAGCUCAAAGUGGAUACCGAAAACGUUAGAUUGGUAGAUGAAUUAUCCAUAUUAAAUAACCAAAACAAAGUGUUGACACAUGAAUUGGAUGUUUACAAAUCCGAUGUCAGUUGCAAAAAUAAGCUCAGCAUAUCUUCAAAGGUUGAUAUGAGACCUUCCAAGUACUCCAGUUGUAUUAUUAAUCCGCAAUUAGCUCAAAUAUCGCCGACUCACGUUUACGAAGAAUUGCGUGGACAAUAUGAAACCUUGAAGGCUGAACACACAAAUUGCCAAACGGACAAGGUUUCAAUUCAUGAUAUUAUGACCCGAUCGCAAGAAGAAAAGGACAUUAUGAGCGAAGAAAUAGAGGGUCUAAAAAUAGCGGAAAGCAGGAUGUUGGAAAAAUUGGAUGCUAAGGAAACAGAGUUAGUGAGAUUGAAAAGGGAGGCCGAAAGGACUAGGCAGGAACUCAAAAUUAAAUAUGAAUCCGAACGAGAAGACAAAUUGGUGCUAGAAUGCAAACUUAAAACAGAGUUGAAAUAUGUCAGAAAUCUGCGGGUUAAAAACGAAACUAUAUCAGAAAAUUUAUCCUUAGCAAACAACACGAUGACAGCAAUAGCAGAAGAAAAUAAGGUUAUCACAUCGAAGUUUCAAAAUGCAUUAAACGAAUCUACUCAACUCAAGCAAAGUCACGUUAACCUAAAGCUUAAUCUGGAAAAACUAGAGCAACGAAAUUCAGAUUUAGAGGAAGUAGUUUCCAUCAAGGAAAAUGAGGUGACCGUUCUCAAGGGUAAAGUCAAUUGCUUAGAAUUACAGGUACAGGCCUUCGAAGAAAAGGAAUAUUGCAUGAAAAGAGAUGUGUGUAAUUUGAGGAAGGACAUCACGGAUUUGAGGUUAGAAAUGGUUAAGUAUAAUAUUUUGGACGGCUUAUUAGCCAAUCCCAUGGAAUACAUCAAAAAAGAUAAAAUCAUAGUGUCGACUUCGAAUUCGCUCGAAGCUAUUAUCGAUAAGUAUCAUAAGCAUUUUACAAGUCAACUAUCUAAAUUUGAUAAAUUGGAGUUAGAACUAACGGAUCACUUGGUGGACGAACACAUGGAUAGCCAGGAAAAGUAUUUAUACAAAGGUGACGAUGGAUCCGUGGAUGACGAAUACAUUAGAUUAAAGAUUCAAGAAAUCAAAGAUAUCAAAAGAGCAAUCGAAAUGAAAAUAACGUAUUUCGAAAAUCAAAGUUUAAAUGUAGGGCUGAGUAGAAUAGCCGAUCAUCAUUUGUCAACCGAUGAGGCUGAUAUGGCGAAAGGCAAACUUCUGAAUAUUUUGAACUCUAUGGAUGAAAAAUAUGCAUUACAACUCAACAAUUACGAACUAGUGAAGCGCUUGCUCGAAGUAAAACUUAAAGAAGGAGAGUUGAUAGAGAUGAUAUCGGAGAUGAGAAAAUCUGAUUUCCAACUCAAAAACGAAAAUGAAGUAUCCUCUAGCACAAGUCAACUAGAAAACGAAGGAAAAAUCAUUAUGAUACCAAAUAUUUAUCAAGGCAAAGAUAUCAAUAACAACGAUUUGUCUCUAUCAGACACCAUAAAGUAUUUGAAUGAAAGAGUGGUAGAACUUCAGGAUCAAGAGAGACAUAUGACAGAAACAAUAGAUAGAUUGGCUAAAAGCGAAAGGGCUUUAACCAUGACACUCAAUCAAGCCGACGAAAUGAUAAUAAGGCGAGAGAAACAUUUACAUUUUAAAAUCAAAGGCCUGGAAUACAAAGCAAAAAGAUUGCAAGAACAUAUCCACUCUUUUGAGAAUUUUAACAACAAAUUUAAUAGUCUUCACGGAUCUGAUUCCUGUUUGUAUUCAAAGAACUUCUCAUCUUCUUUCCAACUAAUUAAAAACCACGCAGGAGGCUCUAUGGAUAAUUUAAAUGGAGGAAGAUUAAGAGAUGAUUCCAUAACAAUAAUAUCUAAAGGAGCUAAACAAAGAUGGAAGCUAGAUUCCGCAUUAAUAUCUCGGUUUAAGUUCCUGAGAAGUCAGGUUAUGUCAUACAAAGAAGAGUUGAUUAGUUCAGUCAACAUCCAUCGUAUCAUUAAAAGCGACACGGAAUGCUUAAGAUCUAAGGUUAAAGCUCUGGAGCUCGAAAACGCCACAUUUAGAGAUCAGUUAAUCAAAACUAAAUCGAACAUGAAAUCAAUCGAAUCAUGCAUAGGGCAAAAUAAUAUUCAAAAACCGAUAAACAGCUGGAACUCUGCUUUUCCUGGUAGACAUCAUUCAGAAGAAUCAUCAAAUUUAGUUGAUAAUGUAGAAAGCUACAAGACAGUGGCUAAGGCCAAACAUGAAUUUGAUUCUCUAUUCAACGAAAAUAAUUUUAUAGACAAAGAUUACAAAGAUUUGGCCAAAGAUCUAAAUGAGCUCAACGAAGAAAUUGUGAGAAUAGAAUUGAAAAAGGAAGAACUAAGAAUGGCAUUUUCUAGGGUUGAAAUUGAUGGAUCCCAGACUGUAGAAGGGGAACAAACUUUACUCAAACUUGAAAAUGUAAAGUUGAGGGAAAAACUGGUUGAACUUAAUGAUUUGCAGAACUUAGUGACAGUUAUGAAAAGAGACUAUUUCAAUACUCAAUAUAAGAUGAAAAGGAUGGAAAGUAAAAAGUUCGAGAUAGAGAGCAAGAUGAUAUUUUUACAAUCCCAGCUGGAAUGGAUGAUAACUUGCAACAAUUACAAAGAUAAACUAAUAGAUGAAUUGAAAGGGGACAACAAGGCUCUCUUGUUACAAAAAACUUGCCUCACCUUACCUAAACAGCCGACGAAUCUUGAUAAGGGUAAAGGAAAACUUUACAAGCGGUCCAAGAGUUUGGUUAACCACAAGAGGAAAGUCCACAAAAAUUCCAGCCUAAAUUACAAGAAGUCGGUUCAGGGAAUAAAGACAAUAGUAUCGGUAACUGAAACGAGGUCACUUUAUACUAAAAGCAACAGAGAAGAAAUUAGUUAUUCUGGUAAUGGACCGCUGGGCAAAGUUGCAAAUGAAGAUAUUCUACUAUACAAUGUGGUAGAUAAUUACCAAAACUCUACUAUUAACUGCAAAUACAAUUUAAACGGAGAUGAAAAUAAAAGCGCGUUACUUAAAAGUGAUACCGAAACUAAUAAAAGUGGGAUAUUUUCUUCGAUGCCUCAUUCUCUAGACAUAUUGGAGAUCUUAUUUAAGCCCAAAAAAUUGAUUCGAACUAGGUCUAAGCUAGUUGAUCCAAAUAUUCUGUCACAAUCCCCUAAAGAAAGGAAGGAUAGGAUGAAACGGAUAUUGGGCAGGGUAAGACAUGACAUUAUAAAGUCAACAUCCUUAUCCCCCAAAAAAUCGGAGACAUCAACACCUUUCGAGAACUCUUCGGGGCAGACCAAACAAAUAGAGUUUCCAGUACAUUCCAGCCCGAUAAAGAAGUUUUUAAAAACGGAACUUUUUUACUGUUCACCUAGAAAAGGCAACGAUGGAGAUUUAAUUGGAAACUCCCAAAUAUUAAAGCCAUCACCAUCGAAGUCACCAUUAUUUAUAACGCCUUUAGAUUCUAAUCCGUCAAACAAUUCUUAUGACUCUAAAUUAUCGUCAUCAAAUUUAUUUAACAAAAUUCUGAAAAAAUACAGUGGUUCUCAAGGGAGAAAAGUUUUUAAAAACAAUUCGUUAAAAACUAAAAAUGAUUCUUUGGAUAAUGAUAACCGGUUUACUUAUAGAUGUUCAACUCCUAUAACCUUUCAAGAGACUUCGGACAUAGAAAAAGAAAAUAUUCAACACCAUAAACAAUCAAGGACCUUCAAAAAAUGCCUAUCUCUUUCUCUAUUAGCUUUAAAUAUAAGGCAUUCAAGCAAAUAUAAUAUGAAUUUUCUAGACUUUCAAAUUCAGGCAAAUACUCAUUCUGGCACAUUGUCUAAAUCUUAUUUUCAUCAUUCCGAUGUGAAUUUAACUCCGAUAGAAUACCUCGACAAUAACAUUCAAAAACAGAGUAAUAGUUAUUCCAAUAAUACAAUGGCGAAAUGCUCACAUGAAUAUUUAUAUUUCCCCUCUUCCUUGGAAGCUGACAAAGUAAAACUUUUGAUUCCUUGGAAAUCGGAUUGUCAUAGAAACUAUAAGAAAGACGCCAACAUAUAUUGUGAACCUCAUCAACACAAUUCAAAGGAAAGUGCCUCGCAUAUGACUAAAAAUAACUUAUUCAAAAGAUCAUACGUAAGUUUACCUACCACUCCCUUACAUGUGCAUGAAAAUGUAAUCUAUCAAGAUAUGACCACGCCUGAAAAUUAUGAUAAUCUAAUGAGAAAAUGUGAAAUAAUACAUCAGGAUGAUCAGAUUGAUAAUAGCGAAAGCAUUAGAACACAUGGAAUAGAGACUGAGACAUUAGACAGCAUCACAAAUUCUAAUAACCGCAAUUGGAAGAAUGAGGCUAAAAUUACAUUGGAAAAAAAUGAGUUUAAAAAGUACAGUGGUAAAUCAAGUGUGAUGCUAAACUUCAAAUUCAAAGAAAAUCUGCUGAAGUUAAAACCAAAGGUAGGAGAUACUUCCAACAAGAACCAAAGAACAAUGUUCUCCUCUUAUAAUACAAAUUUUGUUAAGGCAUCUUCGUCGGUAAACACUUUAGUGUUUGAACCGCCUAAGAAUUUUUUCAUAAAUUUUAUUGUUGGAGAUUUCGGGCUAUGUAUGGUGUGGUCUAAACCAAAAGAACAUCGUCACCUUUAUAAACUCACUAAGUCAACCCACAAAAAAGAUAGGUCUACUGUGCGUUAUGCCAAUGAUCCUAAUUACAAAUAUCAAAAUUUUUGGAGAUACCAUACCACGCAGGACGCCCCUAAAGAAGCAGAAAUUAAGAAUGCACCUUCCAUAGUGGGUUAUAAGAUAACGAUAAAUGCCUCGAAGUAUUUAGAUGUUAUGGAUAAGGAACAAGUCAAAGUUUACAUUUUAGAUAUCAGUUUAAGAGAGCCUAUACAUUUAGGCAUACAAAGUGUUUACAGUACUGGAGAUCUAUCAAGCAUAGUGUACGCCCUAUAUAGAGGAUGCUUGCUUAUAAGGUACAAAAACAAAGGUUACGGUAAACCGUCUGAACCAUCAUCAAAUAAAGACAUUCCAAAAAGGAGCGGCUUAACCUCAGAAGAACAUAGAUCUCCCAAAAUUAAAUAUUUAGCGAUAUACGCCUAUAAAUUGGAAGAAACAAAGAAUCCCAUUUUCAAAGCAGGAGACAUAGUAACGGCUCAGGCGCUGAAGGAUGACCCAAACAAUUAUCUCAUUCAUACCAAAUAUUACUUGGGGAAAUUACCCGUUUAUUUUUUCGAAAACUAAACCAUCUAUAUUAUAUUGUGCUGUACUUGCCUUUAUUUUAAUAUAUAUUCUAAUAGCCAUUAUACGAAAUUGUGCCAAAAUCAAAUCCUUUAUUUUAUAUGAUUUUAAAAAAAUAUAAAUUUUUUUCUUUAAAGAUUAUUUUUAGAAAAUAUUUUUAUGUCUAAGAUAACUUAUAUCUUAAAGAAUUCUUUUUUAUAUACACUCAUCUAACGGUUAUGUAAAACAAUAUUCACAUAUAGUGAUAAUAAUAUCUAUACAGUAUAAUCCGCUUGAGGGCUUUCCAAAAGAAUACGAAAUUCAACAUGUUAUAACAGAGAAAAAGGGGAAUGUCCAAGGGAGUUAUAACUGGAGAUGUUUUUGGGAUUAUAAUCGCUACCAAAUAAGAAUUUUUU